CAUUGUGUUAAAAGUAUUUAUACAUUGAUACCUAUGUAUAAAUUGACAGUGAACACUUUUUUGAUCAAUGUAAUAAAUUCUGUACACUUGUUUUAAAGAUGUAUGAUGAAUAUUGUAAAUUCAUUUGAGAUUUUACAUGUAUGUUGAUCAGAUUUAGGACACCUAGCUUGAACCGACGACAUGUCAGAAGAGAUGUUGAAUUGACCUUAUAGCGGAAGUCGUUGAUAUCUGACCUUCUUUGGCAUUAAAUGAUGGAAUUAAUGGAAGAAAGAUAUCCAUUGCGUCGACAGAAAUCAUCAUCAAAAGAAAGACGAACUAUUUACGAACUUGUCAGCGAAAUUCAAAAUGACCAGCAGUUACAUACAAUCAAUGAAAAUGACAGAUCACUGUUUAUAUUUGAGAGAAAGUUGUUCAUCAGAAGAUUAGCUAUAUAUGUGACGGAAAGUAAAUUUUUUGAAGGUUUCAUCUUAAUUACAAUUAUAGCUAAUUGUAUUGUAUUAGCCCUGGAGGAACAUUUACCAAACAAGGACAGAACAAAGCGAACCAUAGAACUGGAAAAAUCAGAGGUUUAUUUUUUGUUCAUCUUUACUACCGAAGCUGUUUUGAAGAUAAUUGCAAAUGGGUUCUUCUGUGGGCGAAAUGCAUAUCUACGGGACAACUGGAACAAACUUGAUUUUCUUGUUGUUAUUUUGGGAAUUUUGGAGCAUAUGUUAACAUUCUUGGGUGACGGUGUAGACCUGAAUCUACUGCGAUUGGCAAGAGUUCUGCGGGCCCUGAGACUUAUAUCUGGAAUACAAAAUAUGAAGGUAGUGACCACGACCAUUUUUCGGUCCGUAUUCCCCCUGCUGCCUGUCUUCUUUCUCGUCACUAUGGCAGUGCUAAUCUUCGCCAUUAUUGGUAUGGACUACUACAAGGGAGCAUUUAAUAGGGCCUGCUUCCAAGAUAGCAGACCCAGGAUGGCUUAUAACGAUAGAAUGAGCCUUUCCGACAUUCCAGAGCCCCCGCGGCCAUGUCAGGUUGACCGUGCAGGCGAUGGUCAUCACUGUACCGGAAAUACCACGUGUCGUCGGUAUUGGAUAGGGCCCAAUAGGGGUAUCACAAGCUUCAACAACAUUGGCUUGGCAUUACUGACGGUAUUUCAAUGCCUCACUAUGGAAGGCUGGACCGACUUGUAUUACUGGACUAAUGAUGCCAAAGGUACACAACUGAACUGGCUGUACUUUAUCCCACUGAUUAUGUUCUGUGCCUUUUUCAUGAUGAAUCUAGUACUUGGAAUAUUAAAAGGAGUCUUUACAAGAGAACGAGAAAAAAUACAACGAGAAAAGAAAAAUGAAAAAUUCAUAGAUCCUGAUGAAAAACAGCAAAUGCGAAACUAUUUCCAAUGGAUAAACAGAGGAGAAGAAAUUAUGUGUAGGGAGCAUUCUUCCAUACCGAAGGAUACACAUGAAAGUUUCAAAGAAGCUUUCAAAAGAGAGAUGUCAAAAAUAAGGGUAUUAUAUGUGAGAAGAUUUGUGGAGUCGGAUGUGUUCUUCUGGGGUACCAUGUCCUGUGUGGCGACUAACACUGUAAUUUUAGCCACAGAACAUUACAAUCAGCCUCAGUGGAUGGAUAGUUUACAGUAUUAUUUAGAAAUUUUGUUUGUUGUGUUGUUUACCAUUGAAGUAUUCCUAAGGAUAUAUGCACAUGGAUAUCAACAAUAUUUCUACUCCUCCUUUAACAAAUUCGAUGCAUUGGUUUGGGUAAUUAGCGUCAUAGGGUUAAUCCUGCUUAUUCGUUCUGGUAAUCGAGGCUUAAGGUGUAGUGUCUUCAGAAGUCUGAGAUUGCUUCGAGUUUUCAAGAAAACAAGGUAUAAUGACAAAAUAGAGAAGCUGAUUCAGGUGAUGACCGGAAGUAUGUCCUACAUGCUGAGUCUGCUAUUUCUUCUCUUCCUGUUCUUGUUUGUGACUACGCUGAUCGGGAUGCAACUGUUUGGCGGAAGAUUUAACUUUGAAGAAGGGAGACCAGCUUCCCAUUUUGAUUCUUUCCCAAAAGCUAUAUUGACAGUAUUUCAGAUUAUGACGGCAGAGGACUGGAAUUCAGUCAUGUACAACGGAGUUCGGGCCUAUGGUGGAAUAGACGGACUGGGGGUCUGCGUGGUGUUUUUCUUCAUAGUUGUCGUACUUUUUGGAAACUAUACACUUCUCAAUGUUUUCUUCGCCAUUGCAGUGGAUAGCCUUGCUGAGGCAAAAGAACGCUCUGAUGCAGAGAAAGAGAAAGUGAAAUCUGAAAUAAAGAAAGAGAGAAUGAAAGAUGAGGAAAGAACCUGUGAUAAUUUAAGUAACUCUACCAAUGAAAAAGGAAGCACAAUACCACAUCGCACUCUCUGUAUCUUUGGCCAACAAGGCAGGGUGAGAGUGUUCGUCGGAAAAGUGGUCCGUCAGGAUUGGUUUGAAAAAUCGGUGAUGAUCUGUAUAGUACUAAGUAGUAUUACUCUUGCAGCAGAAGACCCUACAAAGGGCAAUAACGCCGGCCGCAACAAAGUGCUGUUUUGGAUAGAUGCUGUUUUUGCUUUAGUAUUCACCAUGGAGAUGAUACUGAAAAUUAUCGAUAUGGGGUUUCUGUUGCAUAAAGGAUCAUAUCUAAGACAUGCAUGGAAUUACUUGGAUGCUAUGGUUGUUGUUGCUUCUAUCAUAUCCUUAUUUAUAAGACACUCAAAUACGAAGUCAUUGAAGAUCUUCAGGGUUUUAAGAAUCUUAAGAAUUUUAAGAACGAUCAACGUCAAAAGGUUCAAGGGCUUAAAGAAAGCAUGCGAGAAGUUUUCUAAAUCGGUAAAGAGCGUAGGACCCCUGGUUUUGAUUUAUGUGCUGAUGCACCUCACAUUUUCCAUCAUGGCGGUUCAGCUACUGAAAGGAAGAUUGUGUUACUGCACGGACAUCUCAAAGCAUACUCCAGAUCAAUGCAGGGGAACAUUUAUCCAGUAUACUGGAUUUCAUUUUCAAAACCUCGAAGUCAGCAACAGAGAAUGGAAGAGGCGUGAUUUUCACUUCGAUAACGUUUUCGCCGCGAUGACAACUCUGUUCGUCAUAACUACCGGAGAGGGGUGGCCAGACAUUUUAGAUUCGGCAACAUCAAGCUCCGGAAUUGACAAAGGACCAAAACAUGAAGAAAACUUACCUAUUUCUAUCUUUUUUGUUGUUUAUAUUGCCAUUGCACCCUUUUUCUUCCUGAACGUCUUCAUCGCUAUGAUAACAGUCGCAUUUCAAUCUGAUAAAGGGAACAAAAAGAAUGAAAAUACUAUUGGGUUAACUGAAAAUCAGGAGAAUUGUAUUCUAUAUGUUGCAAAAACUGAGCCAGAUAAAACAAGAUUUGUACCAAAGGAUGCAUCUAAACCCCGGGAAAUGAUAUGGCAACUUGUAAUAUCUGAUCUCUUUGAAAAUUUUAUCAUGCUGUUGGUCAUUUUAAACACGAUAUGCUUAGCUAUGGAGUAUCAAGAUCAGCCAGAGUCCUAUGCAUUAGCUUUGUGGUAUUCAAAUCUGACGUUUGUAGUUUUAUUUGUCCUGGAAGCAUCGUUGAAACUACUUGCACUACGCAAGAAUUAUUUUUCUGACAAUUGGAACAAGAUGGAUUUCGUUCUUGUUGUGGGCAGUGUUAUCGACGUCGUCCUAGAUUUUUAUAAAAUUCAAGGCCUCAACUUUCGGGCAUUUAGAGCGGCUCGCGUAAUAAAAUUGUUAAAGAAAUUCAGGCAACUCAGAUAUCUUUUAUGGAGCUUUUAUGUAUCUAUGAAGUCUUUGCCAUACGUAUUUUUUCUGAACUUUUUGUCAUUCUAUGUGUUUGGAGUUCUUGGAAUGCAGAUCUUCGGGGAUAUUAAACUUGAUGACAAUACUUCUAUCAACAGAUACAACAACUUUAAGAAUAUAGGUACUUCCUUGUUACUUUUAUUUAGAUGUGCCACGGGUGAAAAUUGGCAACAGAUAAUGCUCGACUGUAUGGACUGGCGACCAUGUGAGGGCGCUAGCCGAGGAACUUCUUGUGGUACCAACUGGGCAUAUCUAUACUUUAUUCUUUUUAUAACUUUAUCAACAUUUUUGGUAAUGAACCUGUUUGAAGCAGUCAUAGUGAACAACUUUGACUACUUGCAUCGUGAUCCUUCUGAGUUGGGAAUACAGCAUCUCUCUACCUUUACAGACCUUUGGCAUAAGUAUGCCAGUUUCCAAAACCCAGCGACUAUGAAUGUCAUCAGAUUAGAGGAUUUUGUCAAGUCCAUGGAACCCCCUCUCGGCGUUGGUAGUAAGUGUCCUAAAAGGCAAGUGCAUCUUUUCCUUAUGAGGAUGAACUUAAAGCUUACAAGAAGCCAGACAGAGGGGUUCCUUACUGUCAAUAUUUGGAACGUGAUGUUUGGUCUAGUGGGGUCAGCGCUGGGUCUUCACAAUGACCAAUGGAAGGAUGAAAAUUAUGCAGCUCUCAGGAACACGAUCAAAAAACAGUUGAAAUUGGACGAGAACAAACUAGACCUAAUGAUACCAGAAUCUCAACCUGAGAUCGGUUUAAGGGAGUAUAUCGUUAUUAAAAAGUGGAAGAAGUUUGCGCAGAGAGAGAAGACCUUAUCAGAAAAUGCUCCACGAAAAAGGAUAAAGACUAACUUGUUCAACCUAAAUAGGAAGGAUUCUAAAACAAGGAAGUCUCAAGCACGUUUGAAAAGAACAACAGUUCCCCAAAGCCAUCCCAUGAUCAUGAUGGACAAUUUUUCAGAGGUUCCUCACAGUAAUUCAAUGCUGGAAAGUUAUCUGUGAAAAUAUAUUCAGUUUUAACGAAGUCGUCACUUUUCGAUAAUUUAGAAAAUUUGUGAACAAGUGUAAUUGUAAAAUGCCAAGUUGGAAAAAGCGUCAAGAAAGCACCAUGUUCUGGUAGUGUAAAUGUAAACAAUAUUCCUCCAUUUAAUUGCUAGUUUGUUGUUUUCAUGUUUGUAUCAUAUAAUGAAAAGCAAAACCGUCAACUAAAAAUCUAAAUUAAAUUUACUUCAUGAUAGUAUAAAAAGACUAGAUAGUAUUUGAUAUUUAGCAGCACCGUUCAAUGCAAAUAAAAUCAAGACUUUAAAAAUG